AUGCCUUGGCAUCGGUCGCGGAAUUUCUCCCGAAUUUUAGCUGGAAUUUGCUGGACUUUGAACUACUUCAGCAUGUUGCGCACUUCGCAAAAAGACAAGAUCCCCAGCACAGGUAUCUUCCCCCUCUGCAAUGACAUUGGGUGGGAGUUUAUCUAUGCCUUUAUCUACCCAAAGGCGAGUGCCCACUGGGAAGGAGGAGUUCGAAUGUGGUUUUUGGUCCAUUGCAUCGUCAUCGUCUUUAUCAUCAAGAAUGCGCACAAUGAGUGGGACUAUUUCCCCCUCGUUCAACGAAACCUUUACUUCCUCUAUGGAAUAGUGACUGUUGGCUUUGCCAUCGGUCAAUAUUCGUUUGCGCGGGAGGUUGGGCCUGACUUGGGAUUUUUCUAUGGGGGUGUGCUAUGCCAGACACUGGCGAGCCUUGGGCCAAUUGCUCAGAUUCUUUCCCGCAAUAGUACCCGCGGUGCUUCCUUGUUGACUUGGCUAUUGAGAGCGGUCGCUACGUUUGGUGGAUUCAUUAAGUUGACUAUCUACUACCUCACUGGCGUUGCUGCAGGACCUUGGUUUGAAAGUCCUAUGUGCAAGUUCUACAUCGGCCUGACCUUGGUUCUUGAUUUUACCUAUCCGAUCUGCUACUACGUCAUUCGUCGUCAGGAGUUGGCCAAUGCUGAGGGGAGAAAAAGAAGAAGGCAAAGUCAGGAAAGGCAGCUUGAAGUGUGA